AUGAAUAGGUUGACCAAACUUUCUAUUGGAUUUAACAGACUUCAUGAUGCAGGAGCCGAGAUUAUUGGCCAAUUGACCACAUUAACGGAACUUAAUGUGGCAGAGAAUUUUCUCUCACACGAAGGAGCUGAAUCAAUCUGUAAAUUGACUCAGUUGACUGUUUUAAAUAUUAAUUUCAAUGGAAUUGGAGAUUUAGGAGCCGCGUACAUUGGUGAAUUGAGUAAAUUGACCAAUCUUUCUAUUGCUAGCAAUUUUAUAACAGAAGAAGGAGCUAGAUCAAUAAGUAAAUUAAAACAAUUGACCAUUCUUGAUUUGAAUGACAAUCGGAUAGCAUGCAAAGGUGCUCAAUAUUUGGGUGAACUAUCUCAAUUAAAAAAACUAAACUUACUUGCCAAUUAUAUUCAAGAUAAAGGAGCUAAAUCAGUGAGUCAACUUGAGAAUUUAACAGAACUAAACCUUACCCGAAAUAGCAUUCAAAAUGAAGGAAUUAAAUCGAUUAUUGAACUUCCACUAUUGACAAAGCUUAAUAUAAGUCAAAAUAGAAUAAGUAAUGAAGAAGCCCAGCUAAUUAGUGGAAUGAAACAAUUGAAGGAACUUGUUGCUACUCACACUCAGAUUGAUAAUGAAGGAGCCAAGAAACUUCAUGAAAUGGAAUUGGAUAUUCUUGAUUUGAGUUAUACCUUAUGUUAUUCUUGCUGA